AGGGGCGGUAUAAGCCCGUAUUUGUUUCCUAUGUAUAACGGAACCACUGAACUCAUAAUGAACGGAACGUACGGAACAUAUUGAGUGCUCGGGCUCUGAGAAAUAUAUGGCCUUGCUUGCUCGUUGUCCAUUUAUUACAGUUCCCUAGAUACCGUGAUAUUGUCGAUAUACGGCCUUAGUCAUUAAUAGUUUUGAAUCCUUUCUAUCGAUUUUGCUGUGGAUUUUCUUUCGCCCUCUAAUUGGUCUUCACACAUGCAGAAUCAUUUUUUUUUUUUACCUAAGACAAUUAAAUGGCAGAGAUUGAUGAUCAGCAACGUCUAAGGUUCCAGGUUGAGCUGGAAUUUGUUCAGUGCCUGGCUAACCCAAAUUACCUUAACUUUCUUGCCCAGAGAGGAUACUUCAAACAGCAAUCAUUUGUCAACUAUCUGAAGUAUCUGAAGUAUUGGACUAAGCCUGAGUAUGUGAGGUACAUCAAGUACCCAAUGUGCCUGCAUUUCCUCGAUCUUCUCCAGUACGAGCACUUCCGCAAGGAGCUGGUGAAUUCUCAGUGCACAAAGUUCAUUGACGACCAGCAGAUCCUGCACUGGCAGCACUACACGCGCCGACGCACCCAGCUGCUGUCCGGUGAGGUGUCCCCGACACCGGUCGGCAGCACCACGCCUACCGCCUGACGUGGCCACGCCCACCGCGUGAAGUGACUCCGCCCACUGUGCGUGUGGACCCGCCCAAGUGAAUUGAUUAACCUGUGGGUUGCAAGCCCGUCGCCACAGUAAGGCAAAAUACAACUUUCUCAGGUGUCACCAACCCCCACUUGAGUUCGCGAUGUCGGAACCCGUGCUGCUCAGCUACCACGACUCAGUGCUGCACGAAUCAGACGGUGAGCUGCUAGCCGGGCCGCACUGGCUCAACGAUAAGCUGAUCCAGUUCUACCUGGAUUAUCUGGAGCACGAGGCGUUCCCUGCGACGGACGUGGCGCUCGUCGGACCGGACGUGACGCAGUUCGCACGGCUCUGCGCUGAGCCGGACUUGGUGGCUUUUCUGGCGCCUCUGAGACUGACCGAGCGCCGAGGGGUGCUGCUCGUCAUCAACGACUGCGACCGGCCGGACGUGCCCGGCGGCUCCCACUGGAGCCUGCUCGCAGCCGUCGGAGGUCGCUUCAUCCACUACGACUCUAUGUCCGGCGGUAACGAGACGGCUGCACGUCAGAUGGCGCGCCGCCUGGCGCCCAUACUCGGCUGCUCGGCCAAGAUGACCGAGGCGUCGUGCAGUCGCCAGCAGAAUGGCUACGACUGCGGCGUGUUUGCCCUGGUACAUGCUGAAGAGGUGCUCCGUCGCCUGGACUCUGGCGGAGAUCUGCUGAGGGUGAUCGUCUCGCAGGAGCGCGUGGAAGAGGCGCGAAGGGACAUGCUGCGACUCAUCAAGGAGAUCGCUAAGAGGUAGGCAAGGGUGGAGUGUAGUAAAGAGGGAUGGCGAGGGUUGGGUUGAUGGGGAAGAUCUCGGCAGUGAGAGGUCGCUGUCCGCUGUUUGUGCUCUGUUGUAAGAUUUGAAGAUCGUAAUAAGUAAGGUAGGACUCUGGUGGAUAAAAGACAUUUACCGUAGAUACAUAAACAAAUUAAUACGCAUUACACGCUGAUUUUGUGUCGAACUCUGUAUUGUUAUAGGUUUUUGUAAUGUAUUUAUGUUGUUCAUGUAUCUGCGGUAAAAGAUGUCUGUUGAGUGAUCUACUCGUACUUACUCUUCUUGAGAUGCAGCUUCCGCUGAUAUUGUGAGCUGAAUUGCUAGAUGCUGCUGAAGUUUGGUACUGAGCUGCUGUACUCAACUUUGGCUAUGGAUUUUUUUCAACAAUGUAUCGAUACCUGUGCUGGUAAUAUCCUCAUUCAAACCACUACUGCCGCGGACUGACUUCAAAUACAGUAUGUUUGUAGAAAGGCGA